AAUUAUGUGGCGUAGUGUCUAUAGCACAUGAAUCAUGGCUUCAUUAUAUUCAUUUUCCGUUCAAGUGCGAACUAGUGCGGUUGUUUUCCAAUUUUUGGGGAAUUUCCUGCAAGUUCUGUUAAAAUAAUUUGAGUCCUGCCCUAUUCGCACAGGCGUGAUUGGUAGAAUUUCAUUGGUUAAUCCACUUGACACAUGACAUUCUACAGUUUACAACACGGUCGGCUUUUAGUUCAUCAUAAUAUUGACGGGUAUCAUGAGAUAUCGCGAUCGCGAUGUUAAAUUUUCCGGUGAAGUCUUAAUUUGUUAAGUGUAGUAAAUUAGAUUUAAUUAUGUAUAGGCAAUUGUGAUAUCGAAUAGCAUAAGAAACCAAUGACCAAUAAUUAUAAUCAAAUCAAAUGGCGCCAAUGAUUUACACCCUGUAUGGUUUUGCGAUAUUUUUCUUCGUUUUUUGGUGUGCUAUGUGGUUGCUUCACUUAAUAGCGAUAUUCUAUGGAAAGUACAGGCUGCACAAAAAAAACCCAGAGCUCUUGCUGGAUGAACCAUAUCCAGGGGUCUCUAUUUUAAAACCUCUCAUGGGAGUUGAUCCUCAUUUAGUUUCUAACUUGGAGACGUUUUUUACUAUGAGAUAUCCCACAUAUGAAUUAUUAUUUUGUGUAGAAGAUGAAAAAGACCCUGCUAUAGAAGUAGUAAAUAGUUUAAUAGAAAAGUAUCCAAAAGUCCAAACAGAUGUAUUUAUCGGGGGUUCAACUGUGGGUGUUAAUCCGAAAAUUAACAACAUGCAUAAAGCUUUCGAAGCAUCAAAUUACGACUUGAUUCUCAUCUCAGACAGUGGAAUUCGCAUGAAAGAAGAUACGCUCCAAGAUAUGGUAAAUCAUAUGACAGAACGAACUGGUAUCGUGCACCAAAUGCCGUUUACCAGCGACAGAAAUGGAUUUGCCGCAACACUAGAAAAGAUUUAUUUUGGUACAGCGCAGUCUCGCAUGUACCUAUCCGCUGACUGUGUACGAGUCAAUUGUCAUACGGGCAUGUCAACCCUUAUGCGCAAACAUGUUUUAGAAGAAGAGGGCGGUUUGAAAAGUUUUGGCUGUUAUCUCGCUGAAGAUUUCUUCAUAUCUAAACACUUUUUGGAUAAGGGCUGGAAAACGACAAUCAGCAGCCAGCCGGCUAUGCAAAAUUCUGGAGUUUGCGACGUGCACAGUUUUCAAGCUCGUCUUACUAGGUGGGCUAAAUUGCGGAUGGCAAUGUUACCAUUGGUGAUCGUUUUCGAACCCUUAAGCGAGUGCAUGGUGAUUGGAGCAUGUGCAGGAUGGGCCACCAGUCUUUUGUUUAGAUGGGAACCGCUGGUUUUUUACUUAAUUCACAUUCUAGUAUGGUUUUUAUGUGACUGGCUGUUGUUGUCAAUUGUACAGAAUGGUUCCUUGCCUUUUAGCAAGUUUGAGUUCAUAAUCGGAUGGCUAUUUAGAGAAUGUACAGGGCCAUAUCUCUUUAUCUUAGCAGUAUUUGAUCCGUCAAUACGAUGGAGGAAUAGAUGCUUCAAACUGGCUUGGGGUGGAAUUGCCCAGGAAGUCAGUCCUAGAUCGAAGUGUUGAGAAUCUAAAUUAACCCGUUAAAUGUACCAAACAUGCGUUGUCGUAAAUUAUGAUUGACUGAAAGUCUGCUAUGCCAUUGUAAUGGAACCUUUAUUUCUACAUUUUCCAUAUGUAGAUAUUCUAAGCGCAAAGUUAAAGGACAUUAUUUGGCUACAAAUGCCGUUGGCUAAACUAUUAGCGUUAUGAAGACGUUAGAUCUCCAGAAGUAUAAAAGUGAUUUUUUUAAGGUAAUUUUAAGAUAUCAUUGCUUAGUUGUAAGCUUUAUUCUCCACAUAAGUUUACAGUUGAAUCACUUGGACGCUAUUUAUGCGAGAAGAGGCUGCAACUCACUCAAUUUAAUUUAUUGUAGAUUACCGAAAUCGUAUACGUAACGUAUUUUUGUAAAAUUUAACGGCUUCUAAAUUCCUAUACUAUAAGCAACAGUAAUUCUAAUUAGAAUGUUCUUCCGAAUAUGUAAAUUAGGUGUAAUUACAAUAUUAGGAAAGUGGAAAAUACUGGUAACAUUCUACCUUUUGAAACUUUUAAAGCAACUAGGGUUGUGUCUUUUUUUCGUAACACCAGCAGCUCAUCGUAAGAGUGUAACAAAAGUAGCUGAUGGUUUACAAAAAUGCUUGUGUUACUUAAAGAAUACUACCACUUCAUAAAAUUUACAAGAAUUUUUGUUAUUUAUUAUUUAAUAAUGUAGGGAUAUAAAUGAAAUAUCACAUGAUUUAUUUCGUAUUGCGUAACUUUGAGUCGCUUUUUCGUUUUAUCAUCCUGCCUUUUUUAAGUAGUACCUAGUGUUUUAGUGUAAGAUUUAAGUGAUAGAUUAUUUAUUUUUAUUCUUUAUACACUUCUUUAGAAACCAAUUUAGUUUUAUUUGUUAGCAUGAUUAUUGUGACUGAUUUAUAAUUUCCCAGGCUGUGUGCCAUAAAUAUGGACAGAACAAACGAGAUAUUUUCGACAAACUACUUUGAUAUUAGAAAAUGUCUCUUUUGAAUUCCCAAACAAAGCCCAAUUUUUGUAAUUAGUUUAAGCAUAAUUCGGUUCUAUGCUUUAAUUGCCUGAUAAUAAUAACACAAACAUUUUUAUUUAAAUGUAUUAUGUAUUAUUUUCAGUAAUUAAAUUUUGUUAUUCACAAUCUCUGUUGAAACGAAAUAAUUUGUAAAGAUCGAUUUUAAUAAACACGUUUACAUUGUGAA